CUGCCGUAGGGUGGAUGUGGUUCUGGCGGCGUGGGACGGGGAAGUUCAAGUGCAGCGCUGUUACCUGUCAGGGGUCGGGCCCGAGUUAACCUAUGGGCUGCGGAUAUAAAAAAAGAGGCAGGUCUGAUUUGUGCUAUCAGCAAUGUGUACCUGCCAACUCAAGAUGUGACGUUCACUCACCAGGAGCCUAGUACAGAAGCCACGUGGUCAGGGUCUUUCCUCUCUACCAGCUGUGCCUUUACCAUAUGGCUAGAGUUUGUGUCUCCUGUUUGCUUCCAGCAUCGUGGCACUUCAGCGUGUCUCCGAAAAACACUACAACCAGGCAGAAAGUGACAUUUGCUGGUGUCCUCUUCAUAUUUUGUCUGGUGUUCCUUCUUAUUUUCAUGGAAUAUCAGCAUUGGAAGCCACAACUCAAGGACAAAGAGAUGGAAAAUCCAUCCAAAGAACAUGGCAGCAUACACGGGAUGAGUUCCUCCAUCGAUAAGUUCAUGGCCAGAAUUGAAGACAUGGAACCCACUGAUAUCAAUGAUGCUGAACUAAACUACGGUGUGGUGAUAGACUGUGGAAGUAGUGGGUCCAGAGUGUUUGUAUACUUUUGGCCACGGCACAAUGGGAACCCUCACGAUCUCCUCAAUAUCAGGCAGAUGAAAGACAAGAACAGGAAGCCGGUGGUUAAGAAAAUCAAACCAGGUAUCUCGACGCUGGCCUCCUCCCCUGAUAAGGCUAUAGAUUAUCUCCGUCCUCUUCUGCGCUACGCAGCCGACUACAUCCCUGUCACGAAGCACAAAGAAACACCAUUGUACAUUCUUUGCACAGCAGGCAUGAGGCUUCUACCAGAAAGCCAACAGGGCGCCAUUCUCCAGAACCUUUAUGUUAAUGUGCCAGUGGAAUUUGACUUCCUGUUCUCAGAGUCGCAUGCAGAAGUGAUAUCUGGUAAACAAGAAGGGGUCUAUGCCUGGAUUGGAAUCAACUUUGUUCUUGGACGGUUUGACCAUAUUGAAGAUAGUGAUGAUGCAUUGGUUGCUGUGACCGUGUCCAGCAAUCCCAAUCAAGGUGCUGUGAUCCGCAAACGUACUGUUGGCAUAUUGGACAUGGGCGGUGCUUCUCUUCAAAUUGCUUAUGAGGUGACAAAUCCUGUAGUCUUUGACUCACUGAAGCAGGAAGAAGCUGUUAAGAGUUUACUGGCUGAAUUCAACCUUGGUUGUGAUGUUCUUCAUACCGAGCAUGUGUACAGGGUUUACGUAACUACCUUCCUAGGAUUUGGAGGAAAUUACGCUCGCCAGCGGUAUGAGGAUCUAAUCUUUAACAAUGCCACAGCUGCCAACAGAUUACCUGGGCAGCACAUGGGUGUCAGUGAGGAGAAACCCUACCUCGAUCCCUGCUUGUCCCUUGAAACAACUGACACCAUUCAGAAGGAUGAACAGACAUUGCACUUGAAAGGAGUUGGGAAUUUUGACGAGUGUUGCAAGCAAAUCAGACCAUUCCUGAACAAAGGGAAUGAGACCAGCAUGUCCUUCAAUGGGGUUUAUCAGCCACCAAUUGAUUUCUAUAACAGUGAAUUCUAUGGAUUCUCUGAGUUCUAUUACUGUACUGAAGACGUCUUGCGCAUGGGAGGUCAAUAUGAUGGUAUUGUGUACAAAAAAGCAGCCAAGGAUUAUUGUGCUACCAAAUGGGCAACAUUAAAAGAACGUUUUGAUCGCAACCUGUUUUCAUCUCAUGCUGACCUUUACAGAUUGAAAUAUCAGUGUUUUAAGUCUGCAUGGAUGCACGAGGUAUUGCACAGUGGUUUUAACUUCCCAACGGACUAUUCCAACUUGAAAACUGCCCAGUUGAUCUAUGACAAGGAAAUACAGUGGACACUGGGAGCAAUUCUUUACAAAACCCGUUUCCUACCUCUUCGAGAUCUCCGGCAGGAUGCCAUCAGAACAAAUCAUUCCAGCUGGCUGCGGGUCUCGUUUGUCUAUAACCACUACUUGUUCUUUGCCUGUUUCUUCGUGGUACUGCUGGCCAUCAUCCUGUAUGUGCUGAGGCUCCGGCGGAUUCACAGGAGGACGCAGCAGGAGCUGCAGUGGCUGGAAGAGGGAGAAUCAUUGACUGAGGAAGCAUGAUCAGCACAAACCUUUCGAAGGUAGAGAAUGGAUGCGGCGGAACCAAAGGUUGGGCUGUAGCUUGAAAUAUUCCAAUAUCAGCCGGGUCGAAUUACAAGUAGACCAUGGUUUGUAUGAAUGGGAUAGAUACACAAACCUUUGGGAUAUCAGCUACGUGUUCAUUCUGAUAUGUGCAACUCCUUUUAGAUGACUGCCUGGUUCUGAGACCUAUUCUUAACUUCUCUAUGAAUUCGGAACCAAUAGUUGAUGCAAUCUGCACGUUUAAUUUUGUGAACUACAUUCAACUGAGGUGCUAAACUAUUUUAUCUGUCUUCUGAUGUCUUGUACGGAUUAAUUGAUCACAAUUGUGCCCCUUCUGCAUUGUCGUCCAAUAUGUGAUGAGUCAGUGACAAACCACAAUUUGGAAAAUAUUGUUUAUUUUUGUGCACUCCUAUCCACUUACUCAAAUAUACUCGUCCAAUCCACCCUCAGAACUGCACUAAAAUAACGUACGAGAAUGUAUGUUUGAGUCGGCAGAGAGUCCUACCGGCUGAGCCAACCCUACUUUCAAAGGUAUUUCAGGUUAAAUCAUGAAGCUGUGAUGCAAAAGCCACUUUGCAUGGCUAAAAUUGGGGAAAAUCAAAGACGUGUUUCAUUACUGGGACCGGUGAACACCAAGCAACUGAGCUCCCCUAUUUAUAGUAAUUCGAGGGGAGGAAGAACAAAAGACUGAAUUGUGGCCAAUGAUACCAAACUACUGAUGGACAUCCUUGAAAACACCAGAAUUGGUGAUGACCAAAAAAAAAGGGGCGCGUUUACAUGGAUGAUUUAAAAUAUUUUCAGUUGAUCUUAAAUUCCAACCAAGUGAUUCAUUUCAGGUGCCAACUUGUGUGCUCAGACUGUGGUUAUGUCGCUUAACUAGCGUGUCUUUGCCCAUAUUAAUGUCCAUACUUUGCAAACAAUUGUCCUACCUCCAGUAAGUUUUGAACUUAUUUUAAUAAUCAGUUACCUGCCAAAUUACAUCUGAAAGUGUGUAUGUUACCCUGUUCAAUGAUUUACGUCAUUCUUAUCUGCCUCAGAUUAACUGCCUUUUUGCUCUUGAUGACAGCAGAAUUUAUUUAAUGAUGUAUAUUGUACAGCAUUUUAAAAGGAAUAAAGUUCCAGAUUGACAUUGUGUUGGUUUCAUCCCAGAU